AGUCCAUUGGUUCAAAAUGAGAGUACAUUUGCACUCUGAUGCUUAAGAACCAAGGGUUUCAUCUUUGUGAAUUUAGCCACUGGUAACUGCGCUGUGUUGAACUCUUCAUCUUCCCAAAAUGAUCUUAUUCCUACAGUCUGUUACCAUGAUGUUGAAAGUUCUGUUUCUGUCUGUCCUGGCCCUGGCCUCGGCACUCCAAUGCCCUGAUGGAGGGAUGUGCUCAGAUGACAAUACCUGCUGCAAGAUCCCCAGUGGUGGAUACAGCUGCUGCCCUCUCCUGAAUGAUAUCAGUUCUUUCCCCAUGGUUCAGACAGGCUCUCUGAAUGACAUUUCUGGGUCUGUGUGCCCAGACAACUCUCCGUGCCCCUCUGAAUACUCCUGUCUGCUCACCCCCACUGGAGUGUAUGGCUGUUGCCCCUUUCCUCAGGGGCUGUCGUGUGCUGAUGGGAAACACUGUUGUCCAGAUGGCUAUAAAUGCAGUGAUGAUGGAAGUUCCUGCACUCGACAUACAGAGGUAUCGAUUGUUGGUGCAGUGAUUUGUCCGGAUAAGGAGUCGGAGUGUCCUGAUGAGACUACCUGCUGUGAGCUUCCAGAUGGAUCCUGGGGCUGCUGUCCUAUGGUGAAGGCUGUGUGUUGUGAUGAUAAAGUGCAUUGCUGUCCUGAAGGCACCAGGUGUGACAUUGCCCAUUCCAAAUGUCUGUCACAUGAGAGUGAGACCCCCAUGUGGGGCAAAUUGCUUGCGAGAAAGAGGGCAGCUUGGGAGAACAAUAAAGUGACGAAGGUAGAAUCUGUUGCUUGUCCAGAUGGGAAGAGCCAGUGCCCAAAAAUGAGAUGGGAUGUGAUUUGCCCAGAUAUGCAGACCAAAUGCCCCAGUGACACAACCUGCUGCGAAAUGCCAUCGGGAAGUUAUGGCUGCUGCCCUAUGCCUCAAGCCGUGUGCUGUGAAGACAAGAUGCAUUGUUGUCCCGAGGGAACCAAGUGUGACCUGCCGCACAACAAAUGUGUGUCCGCAAGCGGGGAGAGCCCCCUGUUUAAAAAAAUCCCUGCAUUGAGGAAAGGCCAGCUUCAAAAUAAAGCCAGCGGUGUGCAGUGCGAUGACACAAGGUCUUGUGCUGAUGGCUCUACCUGCUGUAAGACGCGUGCUGGAGGCUGGGCCUGCUGUUCUUUACCGAAGGCUGUUUGCUGUGAUGACCAUGAGCAUUGCUGUCCAGAGGACACCACCUGUGAUCUUGCCGCUGGCACCUGUGACCAGGGUGGAUUCUCUGUGCCCUGGCUGAAGAAAGUGCCAGCCCUCGUGAGCGAGCCCAACGAAGAGAAGUGCGAUGACCAGUACAGCUGCCCUGACGGGAACACCUGCUGUAAACUGAGCACUGGAGACUGGGCCUGCUGUCCACUGCCGCAUGCUGUGUGCUGUGCAGACAAUGAAUCCUGCUGUCCCGAGGGAACCACGUGUGAUACCGAACACAAGAAGUGUUUGUCUGCAGAGGGGGAAACCAUGAUGAGGAAGAAGUUUCCGGCUAUGAAGAAAAACUCCAACAAUGGGAAGAUGCUAGUGAUUGUGAAUGGGGCGGUCGAGAGAGACGUCAAAUGUGAUGACACCAAAUCCUGUCCUGACGGCAACACCUGUUGCAAGAACAAGCAAGGGGGCUGGGGGUGCUGCAGCUUUCCCAAGGCUGUUUGCUGUGAUGACCACGAGCAUUGCUGUCCAGAGGACACCACCUGUGAUCUUGCCGCUGGCACCUGUGACCAGGGUGGAUUCUCUGUGCCCUGGCUGAAGAAAGUGCCAGCCCUCAUGAGCGAGCCCAACGAAGAGAAGUGCGAUGACCAGUACAGCUGCCCUGACGGGAACACCUGCUGUAAACUGAGCACUGGAGACUGGGCCUGCUGUCCACUGCCGCAUGCUGUGUGCUGUGCAGACAAUGAAUCCUGCUGUCCCGAGGGAACCACGUGUGAUACCGAACACAAGAAGUGUUUGUCUGCAGAGGGGGAAACCAUGAUGAGGAAGAAGUUUCCCGCUAUGAAGAAAAACUCCAACAAUGGGAAGAUGCUAGUGAUUGUGAAUGGGGCGGUCGAGAGAGACGUCAAAUGUGAUGACACCAAAUCCUGUCCUGACGGCAACACCUGCUGCAAGAACAAGCAAGGGGGCUGGGGGUGCUGCAGCUUUCCCAAGGCUGUUUGCUGUGAUGACCACGAGCAUUGCUGUCCGGAGGACACCACCUGUGAUCUUGCUGCUGGCACCUGUGACCAGGGUGGAUUCUCUGUGCCCUGGCUGAAGAAAGUGCCAGCCCUCGUGAGCGAGCCCAACGAAGAGAAGUGCGAUGACCAGUACAGCUGCCCUGAUGGGAACACCUGCUGUAAACUGAGCACUGGAGACUGGGCCUGCUGUCCACUGCCGCAUGCUGUGUGCUGUGCAGACAAUGAAUCCUGCUGUCCCGAGGGAACCACGUGUGAUACCGAACACAAGAAGUGUUUGUCUGCAGAGGGGGAAACCACGAUGAGGAAGAAGUUUCCGGCUAUGAAGAAAAACUCCAACAAUGGGAAGAUGCUAGUGAAUGGGACGGUCGAGAGAGACGUCAAAUGUGAUGACACCAAAUCCUGUCCUGACGGCAACACCUGCUGCAAGAACAAGCAAGGGGGCUGGGGGUGCUGCAGCUUUCCCAAGGCUGUUUGCUGUGAUGACCAGGAGCAUUGCUGUCCAGAGGACACCACCUGUGAUCUUGCCGCUGGCACCUGUGACCAGGGUGGAUUCUCUGUGCCCUGGCUGAAGAAAGUGCCAGCCCUCGUGAGCGAGCCCAACGAAGAGAAGUGCGAUGACCAGUACAGCUGCCCUGACGGGAACACCUGCUGUAAACUGAGCACUGGAGACUGGGCCUGCUGUCCACUGCCGCAUGCUGUGUGCUGUGCAGACAAUGAAUCCUGCUGUCCCGAGGGAACCACGUGUGAUACCGAACACAAGAAGUGUUUGUCUGCAGAGGGGGAAACCACGAUGAGGAAGAAGUUUCCGGCUAUGAAGAAAAACUCCAACAAUGGGAAGAUGCUAGUGAAUGGGACGGUCGAGAGAGACGUCAAAUGUGAUGACACCAAAUCCUGUCCUGACGGCAACACCUGCUGCAAGAACAAGCAAGGGGGCUGGGGGUGCUGCAGCUUUCCCAAGGCUGUUUGCUGUGAUGACCACGAGCAUUGCUGUCCAGAGGACACCACCUGUGAUCUUGCCGCUGGCACCUGUGACCAGGGUGGAUUCUCUGUGCCCUGGCUGAAGAAAGUGCCAGCCCUCAUGAGCGAGCCCAACGAAGAGAAGUGCGAUGACCAGUACAGCUGCCCUGACGGGAGCACCUGCUGUAAACUGAGCACUGGAGACUGGGCCUGCUGUCCACUGCCGCAUGCUGUGUGCUGUGCAGACAAUGAAUCCUGCUGUCCCGAGGGAACCACGUGUGAUACCGAACACAAGAAGUGUUUGUCUGCAGAGGGGGAAACCACGAUGAGGAAGAAGUUUCCGGCUAUGAAGAAAAACUCCAACAAUGGGAAGAUGCUAGUGAUUGUGAAUGGGACGGUCGAGAGAGACGUCAAAUGUGAUGACACCAAAUCCUGUCCUGACGGCAACACCUGCUGCAAGAACAAGCAAGGGGGCUGGGGGUGCUGCAGCUUUCCCAAGGCUGUUUGCUGUGAUGACCACGAGCAUUGCUGUCCAGAGGACACCACCUGUGAUCUUGCCGCUGGCACCUGUGACCAGGGUGGAUUCUCUGUGCCCUGGCUGAAGAAAGUGCCAGCCCUCGUGAGCGAGCCCAACGAAGAGAAGUGCGAUGACCAGUACAGCUGCCCUGACGGGAACACCUGCUGUAAACUGAGCACUGGAGACUGGGCCUGCUGUCCACUGCCGCAUGUAAGACAUGCCUACAAUUUUUUUUUUAAGUUAUUUGAAUACAUGGGCCUUUUGUCAUUGGAUUCUAUUUCUCAUUGUUUAUUGAUGUUUCUGCUUACUAUGCCACAGGCUGUGUGCUGUGCAGACAAUGAAUCCUGCUGUCCCGAGGGAACCACGUGUGAUACCGAACACAAGAAGUGUUUGUCUGCAGAGGGGGAAACCACGAUGAGGAAGAAGUUUCCGGCUAUGAAGAAAAACUCCAACAAUGGGAAGAUGCUAGUGAUUGUGAAUGGGACGGUCGAGAGAGACGUCAAAUGUGAUGACACCAAAUCCUGUCCUGACGGCAACACCUGCUGCAAGAACAAGCAAGGGGGCUGGGGGUGCUGCAGCUUUCCCAAGGCUGUUUGCUGUGAUGACCACGAGCAUUGCUGUCCAGAGGACACCACCUGUGAUCUUGCUGCUGGCACCUGUGACCAGGGUGGAUUCUCUGUGCCCUGGCUGAAGAAAGUGCCAGCCCUCGUGAGCGAGCCCAACGAAGAGAAGUGCGAUGACCAGUACAGCUGCCCUGACGGGAACACCUGCUGUAAACUGAGCACUGGAGACUGGGCCUGCUGUCCACUGCCGCAUGCUGUGUGCUGUGCAGACAAUGAAUCCUGCUGUCCCGAGGGAACCACGUGUGAUACCGAACACAAGAAGUGUUUGUCUGCAGAGGGGGAAACCACGAUGAGGAAGAAGUUUCCGGCUAUGAAGAAAAACUCCAACAAUGGGAAGAUGCUAGUGAUUGUGAAUGGGACGGUCGAGAGAGACGUCAAAUGUGAUGACACCAAAUCCUGUCCUGACGGCAACACCUGCUGCAAGAACAAGCAAGGGGGCUGGGGGUGCUGCAGCUUUCCCAAGGCUGUUUGCUGUGAUGACCACGAGCAUUGCUGUCCAGAGGACACCACCUGUGAUCUUGCCGCUGGCACCUGUGACCAGGGUGGAUUCUCUGUGCCCUGGCUGAAGAAAGUGCCAGCCCUCGUGAGCGAGCCCAACGAAGAGAAGUGCGAUGACCAGUACAGCUGCCCUGACGGGAACACCUGCUGUAAACUGAGCACUGGAGACUGGGCCUGCUGUCCACUGCCGCAUGCUGUGUGCUGUGCAGACAAUGAAUCCUGCUGUCCCGAGGGAACCACGUGUGAUACCGAACACAAGAAGUGUUUGUCUGCAGAGGGGGAAACCACGAUGAGGAAGAAGUUUCCGGCUAUGAAGAAAAACUCCAACAAUGGGAAGAUGCUAGUGAUUGUGAAUGGGACGGUCGAGAGAGACGUCAAAUGUGAUGACACCAAAUCCUGUCCUGACGGCAACACCUGCUGCAAGAACAAGCAAGGGGGCUGGGGGUGCUGCAGCUUUCCCAAGGCUGUUUGCUGUGAUGACCACGAGCAUUGCUGUCCAGAGGACACCACCUGUGAUCUUGCUGCUGGCACCUGUGACCAGGGUGGAUUCUCUGUGCCCUGGCUGAAGAAAGUGCCAGCCCUCAUGAGCGAGCCCAACGAAGAGAAGUGCGAUGACCAGUACAGCUGCCCUGACGGGAGCACCUGCUGUAAACUGAGCACUGGAGACUGGGCCUGCUGUCCACUGCCGCAUGCUGUGUGCUGUGCAGACAAUGAAUCCUGCUGUCCCGAGGGAACCACGUGUGAUACCGAACACAAGAAGUGUUUGUCUGCAGAGGGGGAAACCACGAUGAGGAAGAAGUUUCCGGCUAUGAAGAAAAACUCCAACAAUGGGAAGAUGCUAGUGAUUGUGAAUGGGGCGGCCGAGAGAGACGUCAAAUGUGAUGACACCAAAUCCUGUCCUGACGGCAACACCUGCUGCAAGAACAAGCAAGGGGGCUGGGGGUGCUGCAGCUUUCCCAAGGCUGUUUGCUGUGAUGACCACGAGCAUUGCUGUCCAGAGGACACCACCUGUGAUCUUGCUGCUGGCACCUGUGACCAGGGUGGAUUCUCUGUGCCCUGGCUCAAGAAAGUGCCAGCCCUCGUGAGCGAGCCCAACGAAGAGAAGUGUGACAACCAGACCAGCUGCCCUGACGGGACUACCUGCUGUAAACUGAGCACUGGAGACUGGGCCUGCUGUCCGCUGAUACGUGCUAUGUGCUGCGAUGAUCACGAACACUGUUGUCCUAAAGGGUACAAGUGUGAUGUUGAGCAGCAGACCUGCGUGAAGCAAGGCCUGAGCAUCCCCUGGGUGCCAAAGAAACCUCCCAUGAAGAAGCUGCUGUCUGCAGCCGGAGCCCACGCAGACAAGAACAUGUGUAACGAGCACACCUGCCCCAAGGAAAUGACAUGCUGUGAGAUGAGAACAGAGAAGUGGGGCUGCUGUUCUGUACCAAACGGGGUGUGUUGUAAUGAUCAGGAGCAUUGCUGUCCCCAGGGUUACCAGUGCAACAUGCAGACCAGCACCUGUGAGAGACAGAGCCUGGUAUUCCCCUGGGUCUUUCAGAAAGCCCCUUUCUAUAGCCUCUCUGCUGCCUCCCCUGACUCCAGAGGCAAUGACAAGUGUGAUGAUCAGCACAACUGCUCAGACCAGCAAACCUGCUGCAAGACUGCUGCUGGAACCUGGGGCUGCUGCCCCUACAGCCAGGGUGUCUGCUGUGAUGAUCUUCAGCACUGCUGUCCCAAUCACUACACUUGUGACAAGUCUGGUGGGAAGUGUGUUCAGAGCAACGGCCUAAUCUGGGACUUGCUUUUCUCUAAUAAAAGAAGGCCGUUUAACACCUUGUAACGCUCCCUUCUUGCAACGUUGCAGCCGUGAGCCAUGCACUCCACAUCCCUCCAAAUUAGCAGCCUAGAAAAAAGCACUGUAAAUUACAAUUGGAUUUUUAAUGUGAAAAUUCACUAAUAUUUGUUUUAAUUAUUUUUUUUUCUGUUGUGACUGAAUGGGAAUAUUGGAAUAUUGUUGGCUUGUUUUGUUAGCAAAGCUGUGUAGGUUUAGUGUAUUAAAUAGUUACCCCUUUUCCAGAAAUGCAGCUUUCCUCUUUUUUUAAUUGGAUAAUUUCAUUCUGUUUGUCUGUCUAGCACAGUACAGCUGUGCCAUUUAUAAAUACAGCCCUAUUCACAAAACUUUCACUCCAUUAGUUAUUUGAAGAAUGCUCUGUUUUUAAUUAUGCUUUGUGAAUACUAAGAUUUUAGUGAACUUUACUUUCAAUGGUACAGCUGUUUCAGAUAUACAAACACUUUGAGUUGAUCUCACUAUAUGUUUGAUUUCAGGGGCUUCCCUGUGUUAUGUUCAGUACCUAAAAAUAACCAAAAGCUUUCCUGUUGAUGCUGAUGCUUCAGAGCGUUUAAUCCUAAUAAAUUGUGUUUUAUAUUAAAGAACAAUGAAAUGUUUUUAAUAUGAAAUAUGUAUGUGCUGCGAUACAAGACUUCCAUUUGAAUGGCAAGUGUAGCUUCUACUGCCAGUAUAAAAAUGUUGUUUUUUUUCCUGCUGAUGGAUUAGACAAAUAAGGAUAUAACUAAAAUAGAGUAUUUUCAGGAUUACUUGCAAUUUGGGGAGUUUUAGACAAGCUGUAGACUACACCCUGCUGUGAUAAUCCACAGAUGGAUAUUUAUUAGAGCAUUUUCCAAUUUGUGGUUAUCUGGAGAUAAAACAAGUGAAAUGCAAAAUGCUCUAAAAAAAACCAAAAAAAACCCCAGCUGUGACUUAUUCCAGUGAGGUACAGUCAAGCAGUCAAACAUUUUGGCUGGAAAACUUACCAAAUUCAAAUUCAAAUUUGCACUAUUAGUUCGUUGCAAAGAUAUUAGGGGUCCAUUGUAAUUAUCUGUGCAGUGCAUCUACCCUGCUAUAGUUAGGAAAACGUAAUUUCCACUUUAAAUGAAGUGAGGAGGGGGUCUGCAAUAGAGCAGGUUUAUCUUCCUUGUAUUAAGACCCCACUGUUUAGAUCAUUGCAAUAUACCCCCAUGACCCUAUUUGCCAACAUUGCAGGCAUGUUUAAAGUAUAGAACUGGAAAUACUGGCUAAAGAUAAAAGGUAAUGAUUAUGAAUAUAGUAGUAUGAAUAGGAAUUUCAUUGAAAAAUGUAAUCUUCUACAUGUCAGUAAUUCAAGUGUAAUUAUAUAGACUGUUCAACAUAACUUAACCCACAUCUCAAAGUUUGAAUGAACUUCUCUUGACUCGUUAUGUUUUAACUAGUCAAAAAUAUUAAAUUCAUAUCAAUCAGUCGUUCAUUUAUAUUGAAUCCUUUGAAAUGUAUCAAUAAUUGCUUCUUCCUAAAGGGCCACUGUAUGAAAGGAAAGUUUUCAUAAAUUUAUUAUUUAAGUAUGGCUUUAUUUUUUUUGUUUUGUUAAGCAAGUGCCAGGUGAGAAGACAGUGAGAUGCUAAUCAGGUUUACAGGAAAUGACAGGCAAACGCUGAAGUACCUGCAUACACUUUCAGGCUGUCCUUUGUAAUCCUUGUAUAGUCCCUAUCUAAUUUUAUUUAGUACCCCAAGAAAGCAUGGCAAACCCUGUUCAGCUGUUCAAACUGGGCAGGUGUUAAGCUGAUAGUAAAGCAAUGCCUUUCCAAAAAAAAAGAAGAAGAAAAAAAAAGAUUUCUGAAAUCUGGCUUAAAAUAUUUAAAAUAUUGUAUUGCUUAAAAUCUAAACUCAAAAUUCUAAAUUCUACCCAAUACAAGGAAUACUAUUUUGUACAUGUCUGUAUGUCUAAUAGCUCUUGGUAGGCUAUAUGUUAUCAAUAUAAAGAAAUCAGAACCCUGUGUACCCCACUGUCUUGAAACCAGCUAUGUUAAUUGUAAUAUCCAUAUAGCUAUGCAGUUAAUUUAUCCAGUAAAACUUUUUUUUUUUCUUUUUUUAGCUGUGUGGUAUGUAUGAAUUACAUUUUCCUAAAAACUUGUUAAUUUGGACAUUUGAUAGCACUUACUAUUUUAUUAAUCUUGAUUAAGCAUGAAGGGCAGUUUGUGUUGCAUAGACAUGUUGAAAAAUAACCUAUUCCAAGGAUAAGCAACUCCGGCUAUUCCAUUACGUGUUUGAUCAGUAUUUUAAAAUACUUCAGGGUCUGGUCAAGAGGUUCGUACACUGUAACGAUAGAGGACCUGGCUAGAAUAAAAACAUGGACUGGAAUACCAAGGUUGCUGUUCUGUAGAAAAAAAACGACAUCACCCUGAAGGUGGCUAGUACUGUUACAAGGCAGCGCUAAUACUGCAUCCAAGACUUGAGAGCCCAAAAUGUGCACAAAAUAUAUUGGUUAACAUUGCUUUUUUUUAGCUUGAAUUCGAAUAGGAUUUGACUUGGGUGCUAUCUGGUGGACACAUAUAUUAUUAUUUAUUUCUUAGCAGACGCCCUUAUCCAGGGCGACUUACAAUUGUUACAAGAUAUCACAUUAUUUUUACAUACAAUUACCCAUUUAUACAGUUGGGUUUUUACUGGAGCAAUCUAGGUCAAGUACCUUGCUCAAGGGUACAGCAGCAGUGUCCCCCACCUGGGAUUUAACCAGUGACUCCGGUGAAGAGUCCAGAGCCCUAACCACUACUCCACACUGCUUUUAACUCUGCUGUUUUUCAAAUAGGGUUUGAGUGAGAAUGGCAGCAUAGGGGUGCUAUAAUUUUUUUUUUUAUCAGCAAUAUUCUCACUGCUUGAUCUGAGGCAAUAGAGGAGGGCAAAAUGAUCAUUUAGGGACAAGGCAAAUCCAGAGAUUUGGAGGCGUCUUUCCCAUACCAUACCAGAGGUCCUGGUCUUAUUCUGCUUUUAUUUUCAUUUCUCUAUAUGCUCAAACCAUUUCUAAGAUGCUGUUGCUGUGAUCUUCUUGUGAAACCUAGUAGUCCUGGAAGCUGCAGUAUUGUUUUUUGCACCUUUCCCAUCUUAACACCUAUUGGAAAAGGGAUUAUAUUCACAUAACUGAGCGUUGUUUUUCUUUUACUUUGAUUACGACUGUAUAUACUAAUGCAAUUGAAAUUUAAAUAAAAAUAAAACAUUUAUACAAAUGAUUGAUGAA